CCAUUCAUUCAACAUCAUUAUACAGACUGCAAAUCUAAGAGUUAACGUAGCUGAAGGACGCAGCUUGUGAAGCCAUUAAUUUCAACUGAGAAAGCUAAGCCCUAAAAGAAGAUCAUAUCGAUUUCUUUAUUAAGAAGUGUUCUGAGUGACAGAAAUGAAGCUUCUGUGCGUAGUUCUGCUGGUUGCCGGCAGCGUGUUUGCUGACGACGACGAAAAGAAGGAAAGCGUAGGGACUGUGGUUGGAAUCGACUUGGGGACAACUUAUUCCUGUGUUGGUGUGUUCAAGAAUGGCCGUGUUGAGAUCAUUGCCAAUGACCAGGGCAACCGCAUCACCCCAUCCUAUGUGGCUUUUACCUCUGAGGGGGAGCGUCUGAUUGGUGAUGCCGCCAAGAACCAGCUCACUUCCAACCCUGAGAACACAAUCUUUGAUGCCAAGAGACUGAUUGGCCGUACCUGGACUGAUUCUACUGUCCAGCAUGACAUCAAGUACUUUCCCUUCAAGGUUAUCGAGAAGAAGAGCAAGCCCCACAUUCAGGUGGACAUCGGUAGUGGUCAGCAGAAGACCUUUGCUCCAGAGGAAAUCUCUGCCAUGGUUCUGACCAAGAUGAAGGAGACCGCUGAGGCCUACCUGGGGAAGAAGGUAACUCAUGCUGUGGUCACUGUCCCUGCCUACUUCAACGAUGCGCAGCGUCAAGCCACCAAGGAUGCUGGGGUCAUUGCUGGCCUGAAUGUAAUGAGGAUCAUCAAUGAGCCAACUGCAGCUGCCAUUGCUUAUGGCCUAGACAAGAAGGAUGGUGAGAAGAACAUCCUGGUGUUUGACCUGGGUGGUGGCACUUUCGACGUGUCCCUCUUGACCAUCGAUAAUGGCGUUUUUGAAGUGGUGGCCACCAACGGAGACACCCACCUUGGAGGAGAGGACUUUGACCAGCGUGUCAUGGAGCAUUUCAUCAAGCUGUAUAAAAAGAAGACCGGCAAGGAUGUGCGCAAAGACAACCGUGCUGUGCAGAAGUUGCGUCGUGAGGUGGAGAAAGCCAAGAGAGCCCUGUCUGCCCAGCACCAGGCCCGCAUUGAGAUUGAGUCCUUCUUCGAGGGUGAGGACUUCUCUGAGACCCUGACCCGGGCUAAGUUUGAGGAGCUCAACAUGGACCUCUUCCGAUCAACUAUGAAGCCUGUGCAAAAGGUUAUGGAGGACUCUGACCUGAAGAAGUCUGACAUUGACGAGAUCGUUUUGGUGGGUGGCUCCACUCGUAUUCCUAAGGUCCAGCAGCUGGUGAAGGAGUUCUUCAGUGGCAAGGAGCCCUCCAGGGGCAUCAACCCCGAUGAGGCUGUGGCUUAUGGAGCUGCUGUGCAGGCUGGAGUGCUUUCUGGAGAGGAGGACACUGGUGACCUGGUUCUUCUGGAUGUGUGUCCCCUGACCCUGGGCAUUGAGACUGUUGGAGGAGUCAUGACCAAACUGAUCCCCAGAAACACUGUGGUGCCAACCAAGAAGUCCCAGAUCUUCUCUACUGCCUCUGACAACCAGCCCACUGUCACAAUCAAAGUUUAUGAGGGUGAGCGUCCCCUGACCAAAGACAACCACCUGCUGGGAACCUUUGACCUGACUGGCAUCCCCCCAGCACCCCGUGGUGUGCCCCAGAUAGAGGUCACUUUUGAGAUAGAUGUCAACGGCAUCCUGCGUGUCACAGCUGAAGACAAGGGAACAGGCAACAAGAACAAGAUCACAAUCACCAACGACCAGAACCGCCUGACACCCGAGGAUAUCGAGCGCAUGGUCAACGACGCUGAGCGCUUCGCCGAUGAGGACAAGAAGUUGAAGGAGCGCAUUGAUGCCCGUAAUGAGCUUGAAAGCUACGCUUACUCGCUGAAGAACCAGAUUGGUGACAAGGAGAAACUGGGUGGCAAGCUGUCAGCUGAGGACAAGGAAGCCAUUGAGAAGGCAGUAGAGGAGAAGAUCGAGUGGAUGGAGUCUCACCAAGAGGCUGAGAUAGAGGACUUCCAGGCCAAGAAGAAGGAGCUGGAGGAGGUGGUACAGCCCAUUGUCAGUAAGCUUUAUGGAAGUGCAGGUGGACCCCCACCUGAAGGAGAGGCAGAGCAGGAAGAGAAGGAUGAGUUGUAAGGCUUUCUGGAGGGUCUUUGUGACCUUUUACACUGGCAACUCUCCUGUUUCUGUUCCUCUAUUGCCCCUUGCCUCUGCUAGUGGCACAGAUGUACAUAUUGGACUCAUUGGACUUAAAUGGUGAGAGAGAGGGGGUGCGAAAAACCGCAACCAUGAAUCUGCUGGAAAGACUUCUGAAAUAUAGUUUAGAAGUGUGAGGGAUGUCUCUUCGCUGUGAAGCGGAGGUAUACAAGUCAGCCUGGAUUUGAGGCUCGCUGCUGCUGUUCUCAGGCAGUUUGAAAAUUGGGUUCUUUGGGGGGAGGGGGGUUAGUGGUGGAUUGAAAAUAUCUGGGUGAAAGGGUAACUUCACAAGAAAUGUCAACAAGUUAUUUAUUGAAUCUGGUUGUUGUAGAAAAGCAUUUCUACUGUAAAGACAUUGAAAUAAAUGUUUGAUACAAAUGUA